AGGGCCAGGAGUUAGAGCUGUAGCUACGGUUCUAAAGGAUCCAAUGCCGUGAAACAAGGCAAAAAGUUCCAGUAGAAAGGAUUAAAUGCAUAAAAAUAAAAUAAAAUAAAAUUAUUCAGAAAAAAAAAAAAACAUAUAUUAUGUAAAAUUGGCUUAAAGGGUACAGAUUUCUUUCAGGAAUCAGGAUUAGACAAGUAUAUUCACAUAUUAUAACAUAAUAAUAUGGAAAACGCUAAAGGCUAAAUUUAUCCUUUUGAUCUCCAAAAUAUAAGAUGCGUGAUAUUUUAAUGCUCAAAAUUUAAUUUAUUAUAAUUUUUCACUUAGGUUUUUUGAGUUUUACAAUCAAAAUUUACAAACUAAUUUAACUGGCUAAAUAUUAAUAUAUUGCUAAUUUAAAAAUAAUAUAAUAAUACAAAAUAAAUUACAUGAUAAAGAAAAAAAAAUGUUAUACAUCAAAAUUUACUCAAUUAAAUUGAUUGACAAGAUUUAAUUGUAACAAUUACAAAAUUCGAGUCAAAAAUUAUAGUAAGUUAUAAUUUGUUGAGAAUUAAUAAAAGUAUAAUUUAGCCUUAAAAAAAAAUGUAUGAGAACUAAUAUAGUGCAUUUUGUGUUCAAGUGGUUUCCAAGAAACAAGAAAAAGGGAAACUUUCCCCUUUUUCUCUUUAAGAAAAGAAAUUUUCAUUUUUGUAGAAAUUUAAACAAAAACUCACAAAUUACCAACCUUAUUAUCAAAACCUAUAGCCUUUUAUUUAACAUUAUUAUUAUUAUUAUUAUUAUUAUUAUUAUUAGAGCCUAGUCAACAGCUUCUCCCCAAAACCCUAAACCCUAAACACCUCCCCUUCUUCUCCCCCAAGCUCCCUAAAUCCCCCAUGUCGAAUUUCUACUCUCCUUCCUCGUCCUCGGACGACAACGAGAACCGUAGGAUCCACCGCAUCUACAACCCCUACGAGUCCCUCCACAACCCCCACGCCCACGGCCCCGCCACCCCCAUCCCCAUCCACCGCCUCGUCUACGACCUACCCACCGCCCCGGAGUUCCUCUUCGACGAGGAGGCCCGCCUCCGCCGCCGCUCCUGGGGCCACAACCUCAGCUUCUACGCCGGCGCCGCCUACCUCUCCGGCGCCGCCCUCGGCGGCGCCCGCGGCGCAGCCGCGGGCCUCCGCGCCGCCGAGCCGGGAGACUCGCGCAAGCUCCGGCUCAACCGCGUGCUCAACGCGUCGGGCCUCGCGGGCCGCAGGGCGGGGAACGCCGCGGGGGCGAUGGGGCUCAUCUUCGCCGCGGCCGAGAGCGCGAUCGCCGCCGCCACGGGGGAGGACGGGGUGGCGGCCACGGCUGCGGCGGGUCUCGCGACCGGGGCCAUCUACAGGGCGGCGGCGGGGCCGCGCUCCGCCGCCGUGGCCGGGGCAAUCGGCGGCUUGGUCGCCGGGAUCGCCGUCGCCGGGAAGCAGCUCUUGAAGAGACAUGUGCCCAUUUAAAAGAGGGGAGGGGUUUUGAUUCUCCUAUGGAUCAUCUGGGGUUUAGGGUUUAAUGCCUUUUUUAUUUUUAAUGUUUUUAUGGUCCCCUAAUGUUCUUACGAUGUGCUUAGCUGUGUCUUUGCUAUCUAAUCAAUUGUUCUACUAUUUUUAUUUGCCCCUUUA